AUCUCCGUCGCUAUGUGGAAAAAACAUUCUGUCUUUUGCCUUUUGGUUUUGGCUGUUGCUACAAACUGUGUAGUGUAUGGACAAAACAGAAGAAGGGGACAGAAGCCAAGUUCUCUAACAGGAAAAGCGAACCUUCAGGCUUCCGUCUGCUUCAUCGAUAUCAUCUUCAUCCUGGACAGUUCCGAAAGCGCAAAAGAUGUCCUGUUUGAUAAGCAGAAGGAGUUCGUCACCACCUUAAGCGACAAGGUUUUCCUCAUGAAGCCCACCAGAGUCCGCAGGUACGACUUCAGACUGGCAAUCAUGCAGUUCAGCAGUUCGGUCAAAAUCGACCAUCCUUUUACCGAAUGGAGAAACUUGCAGACCUUUAAGCAGGAAGUCGCUGGGAUGACCUUUAUCGGGCACGGCACGUAUUCCUAUUAUGCUAUUUCCAACGCUACCCAGUUGUUCAAAACAGAAGGCCGUAAAAUAGGUGUCAAAGUGGCUUUGUUGAUGACGGAUGGGAUCGACCACCCAAAGUCUCCUGAUGUGCAGGGCAUAUCUGAAGCAGCCCGGGCCCUUGGAAUAUCGUUCAUCACCAUUGGCCUUUCUAAGGUUGCCAAUCAAGCCAAACUGCGUUCGAUAUCUGGUGAUUCACCCGGGAAGCCUGUGCUCAUCCUCAACGAUCCCAACCUGUCAGACAAAAUACGGGACCAAUUGGCAACUCUGUUUGAUGAGCGGUGUGAGCAAAAGAGCUGUGAAUGCGAGAAGGGAGACCGAGGACCUCCAGGACCACCUGGUGGUCAUGGUGGCAGAGGAGAUAAAGGUGAUCGAGGAACUAAAGGAGAAAAGGGUGAGGCUGAGAAAGGAGAGCCUGGAGAAAAAGGUGCAGAGGGAGGUGCUGGUUAUAAGGGAGACAAGGGUGAGAGAGGAGAAUGCGGAACACCAGGACUAAAGGGAGACAGAGGGCUAGAAGGCCCUUUUGGCCCAAAGGGACCGAGAGGACCUCAGGGAAUCAGUGGCCCUCCAGGUGAGCCUGGUCCAAAAGGCAUUCAAGGAAAUAAGGGGGAGCCAGGCCCAGCUGGUCCUUAUGGCCCUGCUGGAGCCCAGGGAAUUGGAUAUCCAGGACCUAAGGGUGACAGAGGUCAGGAAGGAAGAAUCGGGCUUCCAGGACCUAUUGGGAUUGGUGAGCCAGGCUUAACAGGUCCACGUGGUCCUGAGGGCGUGCAAGGCGAAAGGGGACCACCAGGAGAAGGAGUUCCAGGACAGAAGGGUGACAAAGGUUCUGAAGGGCCAGCAGGACCUGUUGGAGCACCAGGGCCCUCCAUCAAAGGAGAUAAGGGUGAACGAGGGAUGGAUGGACCACAGGGCAUAAUGGGACCACCUGGAAGUGGCAUCCAAGGAAAGCAGGGCAUUCAAGGUCCCAAAGGUGUGCCUGGGGUGAAAGGGUCACGAGGCAUCGGUCUGCCUGGACCAAAGGGACAAGAGGGUGCAUCUGGACCAAAAGGAGAAGUUGGACCAACAGGAAUUGGACAGCCUGGACCUAAAGGAGAACCAGGAAGAGCAGGAUUUCCAGGAGAAAGUGGGAAGCCAGGUCUAUCAGGAGCAUCUGGGAAAAAGGGGGAACAAGGAUUACCUGGCCCAAGAGGCCCAGAGGGAAUUCCUGGAAAGGGCGAGGUGGGUCCAAAGGGUGAAGAGGGACAAAGAGGAGCAAAAGGAAAUGAUGGUCAAAGAGGUUUGCCAGGUGAACCGGGACCAAAGGGUGAAUCUGGUAUCAAAGGUUCAGUUGGUAGCCCUGGACCUUCCAUUCGUGGGCUUCCUGGCCCCAAGGGGGAGCAAGGAUAUGCAGGACCUCCUGGGAGCGAUGGAAACCCUGGAAAUUCAAUCAUGGGACCUCAGGGUUCUCCAGGCUUACCGGGGCCACCUGGACUUCCUGGAGCAAAGGGGGAUGGCUUUCCAGGUGCACCAGGCCCUCAGGGAAUGCCUGGCCUUCAGGGACCAAGAGGUCUUAAAGGAGCAGGGGACCCUGGCCAAAAGGGAGAACCAGGAGCAAGAGGACCCCCGGGGCCUCCUGGUCAAAGAGGAAUAGGAAUACCUGGGCCCAAGGGUGUUAUUGGACAAAAAGGUCUGCCAGGGCCACAGGGUCCUCCUGGAGAUAGUAUACAAGGAAUUAAGGGAGAUCGGGGUGUUCAAGGCUUACCAGGACAAAAAGGCUCCGUGGGGGUUGGACUACCUGGGUCUAAGGGAGAUUCUGGAGAGAAAGGAGACCAGGGAAAGAGAGGUAACAAAGGAGAGAUUGGAGAACCUGGACCUGCAGGACCAAGGGGAUUUUCAGGACUCAAAGGUGAACCUGGUCUUACUAAAGAAGACGUAAUCAAACUCAUAAUGGAGAUAUGUGGCUGCGGUGUUAAGUGCAAAGAAAACCCUCUGGAGCUCGUGUUUGUGAUUGACAGUUCGGAAAGCGUCGGGCCCGAGAACUUUGACCGGAUCAAACGGUUUGUGAAAACGGUGAUUGACGCCGUCACCGUCAACCAAGCUACGGCUCGCGUCGGCAUCAUCAACUUCAGCCACAAAGUCGAGCUGGUGUCCACUUUGCAGCAGUUCCCCAACAAGGACAGCUUGAAAAGUGCCGUUGAUGCCAUGCAGUACCUGGGGGAAGGCACGUUCACCGCCACAGCUCUCAGCAACGCCAUCGAUGUGUUCCAGGCUGCGCGGCCAGGGGUGAGAAAGGUGGCUAUUGUGAUAACGGACGGGCAAGCAGAUCGCCGCGAUCAGAAUUCGCUGGAGGUGGUUGUGAAGAACGCCCACGCUCUCAACAUUGAAAUCUUUGUCAUUGGGGUGGUUCAGAAGAGCGAUCCCAAUUUUGAAAGUUUCCGGAAAGAUCUGGACCUCAUCGCUUCAGACCCGGACCCAGAGCACGUCUACCAGAUAGAUGAUUUCAUGACCCUGCAAGCUCUUGAGAACAAGAUCUUCAAACAAAUUUGUGAGAACGAUUUCAGUUCCUACAUCACCAAAGUGCUCAGCUCAGCCCUUUCUCCAGGACUUGAGACAAGAACACAGCACACUGGUCAGUUUUCUGUAGUUGAGACACAUGAGCCUUACGUCCCUCCACAUCAGCCGGAAGUUACUGAUUUUCUAUUGCCAGGGGUUCCAAGUGAGAAAGGAGUGUCACAUUCUGAAUGGGACCGCUAUGUUACUACAGCUCCUCCUAAGCAACUUCCUGAUAGUCACAGACGACCAGCCGCCCCUUCUGUUCACGAGACACAAGAGUUUUUCGAAUUCAGAACUCCCAAGCCAGAUAUAACUCGCAUAUCUAAUGUAACUAGAGGUGUGCAACCUCUGCCAGCUGUUCUGCAGCCUCAUACGAAAGAUGACAGAUGUUUCGAACCAAUGAAAACCGGAGACUGCCGAGACUAUACAAUGAUGUGGUAUUAUGCCAAGGAUGUAAAUUCUUGUGCUCGCUUUUGGUAUGGAGGCUGUGACGGUAACCAAAAUAGGUUUGAGACAGAACAGGACUGCCGGGAAACCUGCGUUCGUGACUGAGCAGAGAGAACUCGAGCUUUGAGAAGAAAACAAAGCGAACUAUUCGUGGAGUUUGUAUAAGAAUACUAGAGAGUUCCAAAUGCUGUGUUAAUGCAAGUACUAGUUUUGUACCACGCCUGCUGCUUUUUACAAUGCAUUCAAUGGAUUUUAUAGAACGUAUUAUCUUCGUAAUUGAUAGCUUCACUCGCCAAAAAGCAUCUUAAUACUUCCGUGUUUGUGUUUUAGCUCUAGUACUGCCCAUGGCAGCGUUUCAGGAACUUUUAACAAGAAAGAUACCAAGGAUUUUAAUGUUUAGCUUUAGUAGAGUAUGACCUUUUGUUAUUUGGAAAUGAAGAGCAGAACAAUGGAGGAUACCUGAAACUGGUAAAAUCUGUCAAAGCAACAAGUGGAAAAAAGUGCCUUUGAAUGGGAACUUCUACAUUUAGCAGCCAAGGAUCAUCAAAAGACGUGGCAUUUGCUUUCUUUCCCUUUAGAUGUCUACAGUAGCCAAGAUCCCGUUGUAGUGGUGGGCAGCUCAACACACAGAACUGGUGGCCCUCCAUAUGUAUCCUCAUCACAAGAGCCACCAAGUUACUCCAGUUAAGCUCAGAUGAGUAACAAAAAUGGCUUAUGGCCAGAUCAGGGCUGAUAAUUUUGGGAUUUUUGUUAAAGCUAAGUCCACACAUUUUUAUUUCUCAGGGCUCUUGUACAAAUGAGUGCAGUAAAGAGUAGAAUCAAUUUAUAGGGGAAUUUUAACAGAAAAAAGCACUGAAAGAUGUACAUAAGUGUAUUUUUUUUGGACCUUACCACUACGCAAAAGUACUGUACAAGCUAAAUGGGUAAUGAUUAAACUGAUUAUAU